CAUUGUCCACGUAUUCUGAAAAAUAACUAUUACAGAAAAAUACCACAAAGAAAUACGACGCUGGCUUUGUUUAUUGUAUUAGAUUUGUUAUGGGUUUAAAAACUUUUUUUUUGUUCUUGUGUGUCCAUGCCCAUGUAUUGUUUGCGUGGUAAGGUUUUGAAAUGCAGUUGUCACCCACAAGCUAUUCAAUGUCAUUCUAUCUAUAUUUUGAUGACAUGUAACAAUUCUAAGUGAAGAGGAUUUAUACAAUUAAUAAAUAACUAUCUGUUUUAUAUUUACAAGUUUUGAGUUAUGUAGAAACAUUUUUUUUUAAUUCCAUCAACUGAUGACGUAGCAGAAAGCAAAGUUCAGCGAGCAGUAAGGGAAAAUCUGUGCAACGUAGCUUUCAUUUCUGUAUGAAAGUAUGCAACAUUGUCCAGACUUAUGUUCUUGUGCAUCGGCCGCUUAGAAAGCCCAGGUUGUGCGAAUUGUUUUGUAUCAAUUUGGGUGUUUAUAGCGUUUUUCUGCUUAAAGUUAUUAUUAGUUGAAGCAGAGUGGAUUUUGGAGCUGAUCAAAAUAUUUCCUACAUAGCGCCGAGUACCAGCCCCAAACAACAGUACGAGAGAGGAGACAGUCAUAGCCCGGUCUCGUUAAGGAAUAUGCUUAAUUUAAACGAAUAUUUAACUCCAACGUCCUCGGAUCCAUGGUGAAGAGAAAGAAGACAGCAUCCGCUCCCGAGGAACACCAAAAUGGGAUGACAGUAAAGCUGGGGGAAGGCAGUGGGGAUGAAGGGGUGAUAAAAUGGAGUAGAAAGCUUGAAUGUUGCGGGGAAGUGGAAAGCGGCGAGCCGGGGAACGAGGAGAGCAGCCACAGCACAAAGAAAGACGGAGGAGAAAAUCUUCAUCCAUCACCAGCGACUUCAUCCAGUUUGACACCAGCAUCAUUUCCAUCACCUGCCUCGUCCCUGUCACCGUCCUGCUCGAACCUGCAGCUACAACAUAGCCAGGACCAGCAUCACUUCCUAAGGUCCAGCGUCCGACCUCCGAGCAAGCGGCUUAGGAAGGAUUCCAUUGCCUCUGUUAAUGGCCAUAGCAGUGUCAGGGGGAAAGGAGCUGAGAAUGGGGCUGCGAUCCUGGCAGGGUUUGGCCCUCCUGGGGUCUCAGUGGGAACCUCGAAGCCGGCUCCUCGGAGCCUGGGGUCCGCUGACAAGGAGGAGGGGAACAAGAAGAAGGUGCGACGGCAGUGGGAGUCUUGGAGUGCAGAGGACAAGAACUCCUUCUUCGAGGGGCUCUAUGAGCAUGGCAAGGAUUUUGAAGCCAUUCAGAAUAACAUUGCACUGAAGUACAAGAAGAAAGGCAAACCAGCCAGCAUGGUCAAGAACAAGGAGCAGGUUCGACAUUUCUACUACCGCACCUGGCACAAGAUCUCAAAAUACAUCGACUUCAAUAACGUGUUCUCUCGAGGGCUGAAGAAAUCGUCUCAGGAGCUGUACGGAUUGAUCUGCUAUGCAGAGCUCAGAAAGAAGAUUGGGGGCUGUAUGGAUGAUAAGAACGCAGUUAAACUCAAUGAACUCAUUCAGAUUGGGGCAACCACAGUCCGUUACAAGGGCAGGAAUUUGAGGAUUAAAGCCCCCAUGUGUCGGGCACUCAAGAAGCUGUGUGACCCUGAUGGGGUCAGUGACGAGGAGGACCAGAAGCCUGUGAGGCUGCCCCUGAGGGUGCCUGUAGAGCUGCAGCCGCGCAGUAACCGCUCCUGGGCGCGAGUGCAGAGCCUGGCACACAACCCACGCCUCCGGAUGGUGGUCGAGCUCCACAGAAAGGUGUCCAGUCUCAUUGAGUUUCUCAAGCAGAAGUGGGCAGUCCAGGACAACCACAUUAAGACCCUGGAGGAGCGCCAGGCGCAAGACGGUGCUCCACGGCUCCCUGCCAUUGAGAAGGAAGAUCUGUACCUCUACCCCACCGAAAACUGCACCCUGACAGCCCUCCCGGACGUGGCCCGUGUCGUCCACUCCAAAGCCUUCUGCACCGUGCACUGGCAGGAAAGCGGCAAGUGCCGGCCAAGUGCAAAGGAGCUCCCCCCUGCGCAGAUCCUGGGGAUCCAGGGGGCACCCAAGGGGCCGAGUCGAGCAAGGACAGACACCCGCCAGGGGGAGCUGGAGCUGGGGGGAGCUGAGGAAGGGGGCAGUAGGGUACGGCACAGUUGUCCGAGUGACAGGACUGGGGAGCCGGUCUCCCCUCCCAGUGUGAGCAAGGAGGAUGCACUUUCAACAGACCAGCAGGGGGAGCAGCGGAGCUGUGUGUGUGGAGGGAUGGACGCGGAGGAGCUGUCUCUGUUGGACCCUUUCCCCCGGUACAUGAGAUCCUGCCAAGACCUGGUCGUGCCGGAGAGCUGCCUCUGUUCCCAAGAGCACUUGUCAGCAGGGAGGGAGGGGGCCAGACCCCCAGACUCUGCCAGGAUCACAGUGGCAGAAUGUGGGGUGGAGCAGUCUGCCCCCCCCAGUAGUGAGGGGGUGUCCUGUGAGUCGCCCAUGACAGAUGCUUGCACUAGAGAAGAUGGGGCUGCAGAGGGUUGUGCAGGGAAGGAGGACAGGGGGUUACUUCAGCAGAUCCGGCAAGAAGGCUGGAGCAGUCGUGGCUCAGAGAACGUUACGUUGGCCCAACUCUAUCUCAUGCUGGGAAAGCCGGGGAAGCUGCAACUGGAAUAUGACUGGAUUCCAGCCCACAAGGGAACCAACACAGAUCAUCACACACAGAGAAUGCUAAAGUGUCUGCUGAGGCUGGUCUCUAGCGAGGUGAACCCCAAGCCGGUCCCGGAGUUGAGCUUCACUUCUCCCCAGAAGUCUGUCCCUGAGGAGCAGUCCUUCACUCCACCGGGGAAGGCCCUGAUUCUCGGCGCUCGCAGUCCCAGCUGUGGGCGAAACCAGGCAGCUGUGCGGGGCAGCAAAGCCUUUUCCCCCACUGCGGGGUGCCCAGGUGUACGGAACCUGCCCCGGUCUCUGGUGGUUCCGGGCAGCGCUGGCACAAGCAGUGGAGAUGUGGACAGCGGCGUGUUUGCCGUCCCCACCACACUGCCUCCCAACAGCCGGCACGGCAAGAUGUUCUCCCCUAACAAAGAGGCCGAGCUGGCUUUCAGGCAGCAGCUGGACUCCAUCAGCAUGCAGUCGGACAUCUUUCUACCCAAACAGAGGAAGUUCAGGAACCGUCACCUCCGCAAACCCUUGGUAGUACAGAGAACUCUGCUCCCCAGGACGACUGGAGAGCCCUCCCAGCAUGUGUGCUCCUUCUCCAUCCUCUCCAACUCUUCUGCCACAGGCACGGGUUCAUUCCGGCCCAUCCAGCCCCCUCUGUCCAAAGCAGCCGUGUCGUGCCCCCUCUCCUCUCACGGCACUGCUGCACCAUGUUCCCACCAGCUCUCCAGUGCAAUCGAUUUGGCAGCUAAGUCCGCUGGCAUCAUCCCCGGAAGCGAUGGUCCUGACAGAACACCAGAAAUAACUCCGCUAUCAUCAGGCACCAUCACCGUGGAGACGGGACCAGAGCUAUCACCAGGCACCAUCACAGUGGAGACCGGGCCAGAGUUACCAGAACAGAACAAAGCUGAUCUCAGCCCAUUAGAGUCCACACUGCAUAACGGGACGUCUACCUCUUCAUCCGAGGUGCCCAGCUCUCUCCUGUCUCCUCCCAACGUCUCGUCACUGCUGGACAUCUCCUUGCCAGGACCCCCAGAGGAUGUGCUGUCACAGGGAGAGCCAGCCACACACAUCAGCGACUCCAUCAUUGAGCUGGCUAUUAACUCUGCACAGUAUGGAGGCGGCUCCUCUUUGUCUCCAGCUAAACUGAAUGGCAGUGACAGCUCCAAGAGUCUGCCCUCUCCCUCCAGCAGCCCCCAGAGGAGCUGGAUCGCCUCCCCCACCCACGACCCCCAGUGGUACCCCAGUGACUCCAGCGACUCCUCUCUGGGCUGCUUGCUGUCAAGCCUGAUCUCUCCUGAUAAAGGUCGCAAGGUGCUGUUGGCCUCAUCGGGACACUCCAGCGGGACCUCUCUGCUGGGCCCCAGCCUGCUGGACGGGAGCUCCCGUGACUCCUUCGUCUCGCGCUCGCUGGCAGACGUGGGAGAGAUGGACUCUCAGCUCGCAUGCAUGAUGAGUGAGAGCAGUGUGGACUACAUUGCACGCUUCAACGACCUUGCACAGGAGCUGUCCGUCACAGAGGCCCCGCCCCUCCACAGGGAGGAGCUGUCCGUCACAGAGGCCCCACCCCUCCGCAGGGAGGACCUGUCAGUCACAGAGGCCCCACCCCUCUGCAGGGAGGAUCUGUCCGUCACAGAGCUCCCUCCCCUACCCCUGCGCAGGGAGGAGCUGUCCUUCACAGAUCCCCAUCCCCCUCCCCCCUGCAGGAAGGAGCUGUCCGUCACAGAGCCCCCACCACUUCCCCUGCCCAGGCCCAUGCUACUGUUCGAGGGUGGUGGGCCGGACCUCACGCAGUGAAGGACAUGGAAGUGUGUUUAGUCCUCCAUACCUGCAGGGGGAACCUGGGGUUCUGCCAAGUUGUGCAAUAGACAGUCUCUAAUCUGAAGGGCUGGAGUUCCUGACCCUCCAAGCUGUGUCAGUAGGUUCACUGAGCUCUGUGUGCUGGCCCAUUCACUGAGCUCUGUGUGCUGGUCCAGAUCAGUCCAAACACAGGCUCAUCCUAUUGUUUGGAGUUCUGGGAAUGAGUAGAGUUUAGUCUGACUUGGUCCAGUUGUCUGUGACUACCCAGGGAAGCAAAUUGAACUUGUGGUUUUAGCUUACAAAAUAAUUCCAUAAAUAUUUAGUUUUGAAAUAAAUCAAUGUUUUAGCAAACAUAUUUUCAUUUUAAAACACGAUUAUCUGGUACUACUGUAGGUUAAAGAACGUUCUGAGUUUCUGCGCCCUCACUUCCACUUCCUAGGUCACGUCCGCAGUGUGGCUCACGUUACUGGUUGGUAACAAGUCAGUCAAUAAAGAAAGCAGCUGACUGGUUGUUGACAGGAAAGGAGCUAGUGAAAGAGUGGGGACUCAAGUGCAACACUAUAUCAAAGUAUGGCUUAAAAACGUCUUCACUCUGGUGCCAGAUAACAUGUUUAUGAUGUGUUUCUUUAAAAACUAGACAUUUGUGACCUAUAUAUAACAAAUGAAAGUGCUCAACAGUGGCAUUAUGAUGCUGUCUGCAAUCACUUUGAAGUGCUCUGAACAUCUUAUAGUGGAACCCAAAAGAUCCAGAGAUGAUGUGCAUCUCCCGACCGGCAGCCCUUCUCAAGCUCUAGAUACAGAGGCUGAACAGGACAGCAUUGCUGCCUCCUCUGAACUGCUGCAGGCCAGGUUACCACUAGGACUUGUAUUGCAUGCACCACCACCCUCCAUGGUAAACAGGCUUGCUACUGAGCAGACUUCAUCCAGCUCUCCAUGUGCUAGAAUGCAACAUUCUGACAUUUUGUCAGCAAUUUCUUCUACAUAAAUGAUUGCAUUGUUAUUUAUUCACUGAUGUUAUUAACCCUUUGGUUGCCCAGUUGUGUUUGAAACUAGAUUUAACUCCACGUGUAACCUACCGUUGGACCCCAGAAUAGUUCAUUUUGAACCCAAGAGACCAGUCUAUACUACCACUAACAAUGUGCUCACCAGUCAUUCUGACCCACAUUUAACUUACAAAAUACACUGUGUUCUGUUCCCAAAAAUACAUUGAAACAUUUUUAACCCAUAUUGACUUUUGAAACCUCUUGGGCCAAAGAUAUGCAAAUGAACAUUUUUAAAUGUGAGAAUCGUGGUCUAGUCUCUGACAUACUCUCUGAAUCUUCAUGUAAUUGCAGCAAAAAUGUUGAAUCAUAUUAAUUUUUUCUUCCAAUCUAGAUACAUUUCUAUACAUUUUUUAAAUUGCCUCUAAUUCUCUUUAUUAAUUUUAUUUCUACCUUCAAUUUCAAAGUGCUCAAUACUGUUUUAAUUAAAACAACUUAUUUUGUAUUUUAAAAAAUGUCCUAAAGGCCCAUAGUGAGGAUUUUUAGCUUGGAAGUGUGUCGUAAAAUAUGUAACAUUCAGAAAAAAAGGCAACGCUCUUAGCUUCUUUAUAGUUUUGAAGUCAAGCACUUUGAAAUGGGGAGAGGAAACUCAACUAAAACUACCUACAGGGAAUAUAAAUAUGUGUCGCCAGUGUCUAAAAAGAAAAUGAACACGGUAUUGUUAGUUAUUGUUCAGGAGUUGUGCUGGGAGUUACUAUAAAGUAUAAACUUUGAAAAUCAAGUCGUUUUGUGUCUGCACUGGUCGGCAGCACCACUUAAAUGAGUGAUAAGCAAGACUGAGCUUAGAACGGAUCCAAACCACAUUCCGCAAUCUGCAAGUGGAACCACAUCAUUCCUUUGGGAUUUAAGCACAGAUUCUACAGUUUCUUAACGGCAAGUUACAAAAUAAUACAUCUUUAAAGAUAAACAUAACUUGUCAUAGCUAUGUAUGCAUUAAGAACAAGGUACACACACAACCUAACACAGUCACUGGGGCAGGACUGAAAGUUGACUCAGUUUAGAACCUGCUUCACAAUGAGGAGGAAAAAGGGGCUUCACCCAAGGACAGAAAUAAGAAUGCAUUUUUCCUUUUAAAUAUGGAGUGUGCUAUUGCUAAAAGUUCAAACCCCAUGAAUAGAGCACCAGUCAUCAUCCAGUACUCUGCUCUCUACCAGUCAUCCUCCAGUACUCUGCGCUCUCUACCAAUCAUCCUCCAGUACUCUGCUCUCUACCAGUCAUCCUCCAGUACGCUGUGUUCUCUACCAGUCAUCCUCUAGUACUCUGUGCUCUCAACCAGUCAUCCUCCAGUACUCUGUGCUCUCUACCAGUCAUCCUCCAGUACUCUUCGCUGUCUACCAGUCAUCCUCCAGUACUCUUCGCUCUCUACCAGUCAUCCUCCAGUACUCUUCGCUCUCUACCAGUCAUCCUCCAGUACUCUUCGCUCUCUACCAGUCAUCCUCCAGUACUCUGUGCUGUCUACCAGUCAUCCUCCAGUACUCUUCGCUCUCUACCAGUCAUCCUCCAGUACUCUGUGCUCUCUACCAGUCAUCCUCCAGUACUCUUCGCUCUCUACCAGUCAUCCUCCAGUACUCUUCGCUCUCUACCAGUCAUCCUCCAGUACUCUUCGCUCUCUACCAGUCAUCCUCCAGUACUCUGUGCUCUCUAUCAGUCAUCCUCCAGUACUCUGUGCUCUCUAUCAGUCAUCCUCCAGUACUCUGUGCUCUCUACCAGUCAUCCUCCAGUACUCUGUGUUCUCUACCAGUCAUCCUCCAGCACUCUGUGCUCUCUACCAGUCAUCCUCCAGUACUCUGUGUUCUCUACCUCUUCAAUAGAGCGCCAGUCAUCCUCCAGCACUCUGUGCUCUCUACCAGU